CAGACCAUCACCAUCACCAUCACCACAGACGCAAGAGAGAAGAGAGACCUGCCUGAACCGUCACAGAUUACCUUGGCUAGCAACUACAGACAGACAGAUAGUCCAGAGAGAAGAACACCGAACACAGAGAUACCAAGACAGACAGAUAGAGGAGUCUGAGAAACUAACGGAGGUGAUAAAUCCGAUAUAAGGACAGAACUUCACCCACACGGAACCGUGAUAAUGCAGGUGUGUACCGUUGUUGAGAAGCGUGCUGGGGCCGUGGUGGGGGCUGAGCUGGCCUGCAGCGUACGGGAGGAGAACCAGGCUCAGAGGGAGAGCUACAAAGCCGACUGGAACAGUGUUAACAUGAAGACCCGGGCCAUGGACAGACAGACAAUGAACAUGAACGAUGACUCUCGUCGGGAGACCUACACUCGUCAGUGGGAGGCUCGCUCUCUGGCCCAGGCCUGUCCCUCGGGGGUGUACAGAGUGGGCACCGUGGAGAGGGGUGUGAGGGAGCACCAGCUCCUGCCCAAGAGGAACACCCUGCCCCUGCCCAUCUUCACCCCCGCACAGCUGGGCAUCCGGCUGGGCCGCGGAGCACCACACACCCAGGAGGACCUCCGUACCUUCCCCAUCCCCGACGGUGCCUGCCCUGGCAAGAGGGCCGUGGUCGAGAUCACACAGGACCUGCCCCCCGCCAAGCCACUCAGGAUGGAGUUCGCCAAGGCGCCCAAAGCACUGGGCCGCUCCAUGUCACAGGAGGUCCAGAGAGGGUGAAGGAAGAGGAGAGGAAGAGGAAGAGGAAGAAUGGAUGUUAGGGAGAAAGGUUCAUUGUGGGGCUCAGCCCAUCAGAUAAUAGCAUGGAGGGGUGUGUAUAGAUUUAUACCUAGUGACAUUUAUUCCAUCCCUAUUCCCUAGUAGAGCCGUCACACAUUGCAUACCUUUCCGGUUUCAUUACUGUAGGUAUUACAUGUCCAAUGUCGUACUGUUUGUUAUACAAGGUAUUAUUCGCUUAGAGAUCUGAUGGCAUCUUUUGACUGACAGAAAGGCAGACAAAUGCUCUGUUCUUUCAGCUGUGCCAUAAACUAAUCUCCCUGCUGACUGGAAAAGACCAGACUGUCAUUGUCACAUCUACACACUGAAUGAACUGCCCCUGCCGCCCUGCCUGGCUAAAGCCAGCUGUGGAUAAGCCACACAGCGUAGUAUGGUAUGCAGUGGUAUGCAUUGUAUGCAGUGGUACAUUCUACCUCACUUGUCAUAUUAUGGCAAUGACACCUCACAGUAUUGAGACAGCAGGAUGUUUUAUAUGCUCAACCAAUGUGUGUAUGAGGAUGUAUUUAUUGAUGCAUUCAUGUGGAAUGACCAUGCACAGAUGAGGGAGGUGAAGGAAGGGCAAUAUGAAGAUAUCAAAGACACUUCAAAUGGGACAGAGUGGGAGAGAGCAGAAGAGAAUUGGAACUGUAGAGAGGAAAGG